GGCUGAAAAAACUUGAAUCUCAGAAUGAUUUGUUUCAGAACUUUUAGUAAUAAAAUAUUUUUAGCAAAAUGACUGUAAAAUAUCAUCAACAAGUUCAAAUAUGACGGCUGAUGUGAUGUAAAGAAAUCGUAGCAGUGAUAAAAUAAUGUAACAUCCAAUCCCACUGGGGCUCUGGAGGAUGAGCUUCACAAAAUGGAAUUUUAUUAUGACCGUCUUUGGGAUUUUCUCUUUCCUGUUUGACAUUGGAGUAGAUCUAUGGAUUUCGAUCAAAUACUUUCAACAAGACUUUUAUCUUUUUGGACUUUUAACCAUAUUUUUUGCUCUUGUGUCGACACUAAUAGUUCAAGUUUUUAGUUACUCCUGGUUUAAAGAUGAUGAAGACAGUUCUGUUAGUAUGAAAUACAUUCUUACAAUUCAUCUCUUCUUGGCUGGAACCUUGCUCAGAUACUGGUAUGCAGUAAAACAUGGAUAUCAAGCAACAUAUAAACCCGGAAGACAGAAUCGUGAGGAUAUUAAGAGGCAAGCAGUGUAUGAUAUGACAGACCUGAGCAUGCUGAGGUGCUUUAAAACUUAUUUGGAAAGUACCCCCCAGAUUAUUCUUCAACUUUACAUACUCAUAGAGCUUGGUCAGAUUACUAUAUUCCAAUAUAUCUCCAUACUGGUAUCUGUUUUCAGUAUUUCAUGGUCUACCGUGGAUUACCAGAUGUCAUUACGAAAAUCCCUACCAGGAAAGAAAGGAAUAAGUUUGGGAUUUCCGCUGCUCUCCUACACAUUCUAUAAGUUUUUCACCUUGACCUCGUGGAUUGUCAGCAUAGUCUUUCUACUAACGUGCAGUACCUAUAUCUUUGCUGGCCUAGUGACUUUAUUAGGCGUGGCUGGCUUUUGCUGGGUUUGGAUGCAAGACACAGAUUUCUGCCGCACGAAAAGAAUGGAAGUACUGUAUAGGGCUGUAGUAGGAAUCAUUCUCAUUUUUACCUUUUUUAACGUCAAAGGACCUAAAACAAGAGUCCCCGUAUCUGUUUAUUAUGCUGCGCGGGUCUUAAGCACGUUGGGGAUCCUCACCUUGUGUUUCUACCUCAGACCUGCAUUUGCACGCACUCUCUUAUUUGCAGUGCUCAGUAUUGCUACAGUAGUGACUUUGGGAGUUGGUAUUUUAUCACUGAUUCUGUAUUAUGCUUGUUUUCAUCCCACCCUCCACAAUAUAUGUGAGUCUAAGGGUGAUACAACGGACAGUGGUGUCUAUAAAGACCAGACCUCUGGUGAUGAGAGUAGAAUAAAGAAAUUCAUAAUGCCGUAGAAAAGCCAUUGUCGUCAUCUUCGUUUUUGCAUUCUAAAGUUAUCUUAAAAAAUAAAUAAGUAAA